AUGGCGGACCUCCGAAACACCAGUCAACGGUUGUUUGUGCAGUCGGGUAAGUUUGUCGGCCACGCUGAAAUUCAGGCUGCGCCGCGGGAUUUUGUUGCCUUCGCUGGGUGGAUUGACCGUUGCUCGCAGACCCUGGAAGAGCGGGCCGAAGAUUCUCAGCGGGCCCAAGACGAGCUGGACCUGAAAGCUAAAACGAGUUGGGAUCAUUGGCGCACGGAGGCGCUGGCGGCCCCGGCUCGGGCAGCGCGUCGUUUUUCGAGGUUGAAGGCCAAGUGGCAGCCUACGGCGAUGGAAAUCAGCCCUGGAAUUUCCUCGUCGGACUCCGUGAGCCGCUGGCCCAAGCUGACGGGCCUUCGGAUCUCGCGUCCGUGUGCGAACCAUGCGCUGGCGGCGUUGUGCGCUGAGAACGGGCUGCCAGCAGGGUCCAUUUUCAACGACGUGUUUCUUUUCGACGACUUCGCGCAGCGGAACCCUGGCAACGACCUCGCGUCGCACGUGGACGACGGCACUGUCUCUGCGCACGGCCCGCAGACCGAGGCCAUCCAGACGCUCGAGAGAGCGGCGCAGGCGCCCGACUCGGGAGGGCACAGGCCCUGCGGCUUCCAGCGCGUAGAGGUCGUUUCGGCACGGCAGGCUGCAGACGCGCCCGCGAGUUUCUUCGAUAAUGUCCACGGCGGGGGCGCGCAGUUUCUCGAGGCGCUCAAGUUCGCGCAUCCUUCUGCAGAUAGGCGCAUCGGCCAGGCAAGCUGGCGGGCGGAUCGGGAGGCCAAGGGGGCUCUCGACCUGCGCCCUCAAGCUUCGGCCGCCGAGUGGCAGCAACUUCAGCGUUCGAUCGAGUGCCUCGACAGGGCGGCGCACCUCGCGGAGCUGUGCUACGGCAUCCUGGACCACGCGACGCCCCGGGGCUCGGGGAGGAAGUUCCAGGAGGCCAAGGCGUUCUACGCCUCGGCGCGCGAGCACGCGAGCCUGUGGCUGGCGCCGCUGCAGGCGAGAGUCGCUCUGCUGUACCACACGGACAGCAUCUUCUCCUGGCAGGCACAGCCGCAGUCCACGGCGUUCGACUUCACGACCGAGGCGCACCGGAUGUACUUCCCGUUCUGGAGGAACGGUGCCGCGGUGGACGUGGUGCAGAUGACGCGUGCCCUCGCUGAGGCGCCCUCGGGCGCGGAGAUGCUGGCGAGAUACCGGGUCUUGCUGCUCCCCGCCCCGAUGCUGCUCCCGGACGCCGCCCUGCCUGUGCUGGAGGAUUUCGUCCGCCUCGGCGGCAGCGUGUGGGUUGGCUUCCGCUCGGACCUGAAGGACGCCCGCGGCCAGAUCCGCCGGCAGCCCUCGCGCCUCGCCUCGCUGGCCGGCGUGGCCGUGGACGAGUUCGAGUCCCUCAACGACCCGCUGUCCGCGGCGCUCAACGGCUCCGGCGGCCUGGCCACGGCAACGGCGAAGGUGUGGCGCGAGGGGCUCUCCGUGGUAGACGUUCUCCACGAGGGGCCCACCGAGGCGCUGUGGCGCUACACUGACGACUUCUUCGGCGCCCUUGGCCUCGCCGCCGCGACGCGGCGGAAGCCCCCGGGCGGCGGCGAGGUCGUCUACCUGGGCGCCGGCAUAGAGCCAGAGGCGCUGGUGUCGGUGGCCGCGGCGACCCUGCGCUCGCAGUCCGUACAGCACGCGGGGGCGGGCCCCCAUCCAGAGGUGGAGCAGCUGAUCCGCCUCGACCUGGAGGGGCGCCGCUGGCGCAUCCGCAUCAACCACGGGGCGCUGUGGCGGAACGGCACGGGCGGGGCCCAGGUGGGCCCCUACUCCAUUCACGUGGCUCCCGCCGACGAGGGCGGCGAGGCGGCCUCGGUGGGCUCUCCCGAGCCCGUGCAGGUCUGA